GCGGAUGGCUGGCUCUCUGCGUGGUUGUUGUAUCCGCCUGGUUCUCGACUCUCCUCUUUUUAUUACAUUGUGAGAACAGAGAUGGACGUGCAUUGAAGAUAUCUUAUUUUCGCUAGAUCAAUUCCAGUAAUAUUUUCGUUUAUUCCGCGUCGACAAUGGCGUUCCCGUACAUCGACACUCCGCGCACCGAAGUCGACGGAAACGCGACUUACCUCACCAACGGCUUUCGCAGCGUGGGAAGGAACAACCUGUCAGCACUUGACUCCGUCGAAAACUCGUUUCAGACACCAUCGAAGGAUGAAGAUAUACUCAAAGCGCUCAGUAAUGGGCGAAGGCGCAGUUCCGGUGGUUUCAAGCUCAGCACGCCGCGUGCCGGAUCCGGUCCCAAGUCGACAAGAAGCGCGUUGGACGACCGACGACACCUUCCAGCAGCAGCGCCUGCAAAGGGAGAGUUUACACCGUUAAUGAAAAGCGCAACAAAGAAUAACUAUUUGAAAAACUUGUCUACUGCGCGAGGAAGUGGGGCCCCGAAAACCCCGGCCUACCUGAGAGCGAGCUAUCGAAGCAACCUCAACACUCCUGGAUUGCCUCCUAUGGAAAUGACUGGGAUUGAUGAAGAAGACGCGACAGACGAUCAACCCACCCCGCUUCCGAAUGUUGCGAGUAGCAGUCCACAGGGCACGCCGCUGCCACUGCUGCCAGGGAGAGAUGGAGGCGAUGGACAAAACAUGACCUUGAAAGAGCAAGAAAAUAUGAUUGACAAGCUGGACAAAGACAACUUUGGCUUAAAGUUAAAGAUCCACUACCUACAGGAGCAAAUAGAAAAGGCCGGCCCAGCAUACAACCAAGCAGCGCUCAAAGAAAACACCGAACUGAAAGUUUUGAAAUUGACGAUGCAACGAGACAUUUCCCGAUACAAAAAGAGCCUCCAACAGGCAGAACGCGACCUUGAAUCCUAUCGAUUACAAUUCCAAGACCUUAGAGAGAAGUCACGAAGAAGGAAUACAGACGAAACGGUACUGCGCGAAAUGGAAUUGAUGCGGGAAGAAAUACAAACAAAGGAGAACCAAGUGAAUGACCUUCGCGAGGAGCUUCGGGAUGUACAAGAUCGACAGUCGCAGGAGGUUGAAAAACUACGAGAUGAAAUUGAAGACCUUGAAGCAUCGCUGAGAGAAAAGGAUCGCACCAUCGAGGAACGCGACGAGGAAAUCGAAGAAAUAAAGGACAGGGAAGGUAAAGAGAACGACGCGGUAUCCGAACUCGAGGCGGAGCUUCAACGCGCAAGAGAACAGAUGGAAGAGUUACAUGAGAGUCUGGACCAGGCCAAAUCUGAGGCCAGAGAGGCAAGAAGCAUUGGAAACCAGGCAGUGCAGGAGAAAGAGCAAGCCGAAGAAAACCUCAGGGAGCUACAUGAAGAAAUGUCGAACAGAUCUUUUAGUACGAAGGGCCUCACGCGUCAACUGGAGGAAAGAGCGAGCAAACUGGACGAAAGUGUUCAAGAGCUACAACGUGAGAAUGAUGCUUUGAAGGAAGAGCUUGAAACAAAGGCACGAAACGAAGCUUAUCUUGAGGAGCAAUACCGGAAGGCUCAAUCGGACAUGGGUGAUGGUGAGAGACGGUUGCAAAAUGAUCUCGACCUAGCUAGGCGUGAACGCGACCAAGCUCAGAAAGAACAUGACCGGGUGUCCGCGCAGUUACAAGAAGCUCUUGAUGAGAUUCAACGCAAGGCAGAAGAAAAAGACCUUUUGCAGACUCGGCAUCACGCUCUGACUGACGAAUCUGGAAGUCUGCAGCGCGACUUGGCCACGGCACAAUUCAGAAUCAGAGAGCUUCAGCAGAGUGUAGAGGAUGAGAAGCAGCGGGCUCUCGAUGUCGGACACGAUACCAGGACACAAUACCAGAACGAACUUGAGCGACUUCAAGAAGAAAUCGAGUCUCUUCAUCACGAAAUCGAGGAUAAAGAGGGCCAAUUUGCACUCGAGGAAGACAGGUGGGAAAGUGCUAAGCGAAGCCUCCAGAUGCAGAAAGAGAGAGCAGAAGACCAGGCUGCUGGCUUUAAACGUACAAUCGAGAAGCUUGAACAAGUGGAACAUACACUUUCAGGAAAAGAGUUCAAGCUACAGGAAGUCAUCGACAGUGAGAAAGCACGACACUUUAACUCGGAGGCCGUCCUCGGCCGCCAAGUCAAAGAAUUGAACGAUGACCUGACAUCAAAGAGGGAAAUAAUCGACGAGCAGCGGAGUGAACUUCUCUCUGUUAAGGAGGAACUCCGUGUCACCAGACGCGAAGAGGCGGCACUGAGGGAGAAGGUGCAGGCUCUGGAGGACGAAAUCGUUGUUUUGCAAGCCAGCCUAGAAGAGGAACAAGAGUAUGCCAAGGGUCGAUCGCAGAAAGGAACGUCCGAUCAAGAUAAUCAGCUGCAGAGGUUGAUAGCCGACAAGCAGAAGCUUCGUGAUCAACUUGCCAAUGCCCAUGUUGAAUUGCAUGAUCUCCGGACCUCUGCAACUGAGAUCGAGACAGAACGUGACGAGCUUCAAAUCCAACUUGAUCAGGCCCAGAAUCAAUUCGACGAUACAACCCGUUUCGACCAAGAGAAAGUUGAGCUCCGCAAAUCUACUUUACGCCUGGAAAAUGAGCUCAAGCGACUCAGAGAUGACAAAUCUUCGCUUUUGGAAGCCAAGGAAGCUCUCGAAACGCAGCUCAGCUCAGAGAUAGAGCGAGCAACUGCAGAAGAAAAUCGUUUGUCAGCCGAAAUCGACCAGCUUCAGGACAAACUGCAAUCAUCCUCGAAUGGAAAGGGCCGAGAACUCUCAUUAGCAAAGAGUAAGGUGCAGCGUCUCGAAAGGCGUGUGCAAGAAUUGGAGGCGCUUCGCGAGCAACAGCCACUGGCAGACAACGAACAUUCUACCGCGAAUGCAGACAUCUCACUUCUUCGCCACAACUUGGACGAGGUCCGGAAGAGAGAGAGGACCUUGCUCCAGCGCGAGGCCGAACACAAGUCAUCUGUUCGUAGCCACAAAUCACGCAUUGCCGACCUUGAGAGAGAGCUGCACGAUACUUUGAUGAAGAAAUUCGAGACCAACUCGCCCCAAUCGUCGCCGUCAGAUAAAAUUCACGCAGAGCUGCGCAGCUUGCGAAAGCAACUGUCAGACGCACACAAAUCACUCAAAGAAUUGAAAACGAAGAACCGUGACCUUGAGCGGGCUGCAAUGAGGGAGGAAGAUCAAAAGGAUCUCCACGAGUUGCUUAAAUCAUCUACUUUGGAGGCAGAGUCUAUGGCACUCAAACUAUCUGAGCGAGAUGCUAGGUUGAAUGAACUCAAAGCCCAGGUGCGCAGGAUUCGCGAGGAGCGUGCGUUUUGUGUGAGGAAGGCCGAGUCAGCGGCCCAAGAAGUGGAAGCUCUUCAAGAUCGCUACAACCAGAUGGUGGAGAAGAUUACGAGCAGAAAGGACGACAAGGGCCGGCAUGACAAGGAGAUUCUGGGCUUAGGCAAAGAAAUCAUCUGGCUUCGAGCACGUUUGAAGCGAGAGGAGAAGUUCCGCCGUGAUCUUGCCUGGAGCAAAGGCCUAAUGGAACUUGGAGAACGGGUUCGCGUGGCUUGUAACGAAGCCGACUUGAGAAUGAUCUCUGAGAUGGGCGUUAAAUCUCGUGAUCGUAGCCAAGUGCGGACUCCGCGACAGAAGCUGAGAUCUGCAGUGUCCAUGGUCAUGGCAACUGUCCGGAUGCAAAGAAUGGGCCGAGAAUGGAAGAAGACCAAGAAAUUGGGUGAGAACCUCAAACGUGUGAAGAACGAGGUGCAGAGGAGGAGGGAAAGCUCGAGCAAGAAAGUCAUGGAGUCCAGGUGAUGUUUUUGGGGUGAUUUGACUGUUAUCCUUCGUUUUGUCUUUUUUCCAUUUUAUAUUUCUUUUCUCCCCCACCCCCCUGCUAUUUUUCCUCUUAUAAGCCUAUUGUUCUUUUCUGUCAGACCUUAUUGAAGUGAUUCCCCUGUGUGCUUUGUAUAUCAACCUAUCUUUGGUUUUCGUUCCUGAAAGGCGUUUUGAGUCGGAUGAAUCAUGCUAUCAACCCGGGGUUUUUAUAUCAUUAUUUUGUGGCUUUUGCUGUUUGUUUGCG